GUGCCUUGAGCUUGGCAGCUGAGAUGUUUUGUAUAAAGUUCCUGCCUCUUUAGCCUGAUGGAUAUAUUUUUGAUAGGACUAAAACGCCACGCGUUUAUCUGGUUUUUCAUACUUAGAUCCGGUUUCACAAGACGGCUUAACGGAACUGGAGGCAAGGGGCAUAUCUAUUGGGUUUUCAGGGGUUUUUCUCUGUGCUGCGUCUUCUGCGGGGAGCAGGCACGGAGCCUCUUCACCCUUCAAAACAAACUCCUUUAAUUCUGAUCCAUCCCCUCAGUAUUAGCGCUACCAUCUCCGCGCUCCUUUGGAAUUGACACUAAUUUCAUCCAGACUCGUCACUGCUGGAAGCAGAUUUAUCUUGGAAUAGCAAAAAUAGAAGAGCCGUGCCAAGAAAAAAUAAAAUAAAAUGGAGCACAUGUUACUGCUAUUCAUAUUUUUCAUACCUAUAUUGGGUCUCAGUAAUGGAACAGAAACUGAACAAGAUUUUACUUGGCACUUAAAGAAGAUUCCCCAGAUUGUGAAAGAAAGAACUUUCUCCCUUGACAGCCCUAAAUUUGAAGCAAAAACCAAAUUAGAGCUGAACAGCGUAUGUGGAAUUGAAUGUCAAAGAAAGCUACCAGUGCCAAGCUUGUCUGACUUGAAGAAUCUCUUAUCCUACGAGACUGUUUUUGAAAACGGCACAAGGACCCUGACUGAAGUGAAUGUGCUCGGAGCAGUGCUCGACCCAGCUGCAAACACAACCACGCAAAGGCCUCCGAGAAGGAAGAGGCAGGUGUAUGGAACAGACAGCAGGUUCAGCAUCUACGACAAGAGGUUUAUGACCAACUUUCCGUUCAACACGGCUGUGAAGAUCUCCACGGGCUGCAGCGGCAUUCUCGUUUCCCCCAAGCACGUACUAACAGCAGCCCACUGUCUGCACAAUGGCAAGGAUUAUGUUAAAGGCAGCAAAAGACUGAGGGUGGGACUGAUGAAAACGAAAUCCAGGGGCAACGGCAGGAAACGCAAAGGUGCUAAAAGGAGUAGGAGAGAAAUUUCUGCGGCCAAAGAGGAUCCCAAAGCUGCCACAGAAUUAAGGCGACGAUCCAAAGGGGAUGAGAGAAAGCAGAGGAGAUCUGGGAGGAAGCAAGGGACCUCAGAUGGAAUGCCCUCCUUCCAGUGGACCCGGGUGAAGAGUACGCACAUCCCGAAAGGCUGGUUUAAGGGUGUCUCUGGGGAUAUUGCCCUGGAUUAUGAUUAUGCUGUUCUUGAGCUCAAGCGCCCCCACAAAAGGAAAUACAUGGAGCUUGGAAUCAGCCCAACAAUCAAAAUGAUGCCUGGGAGCAUGAUCCACUUCUCAGGUUUUGACAAUGAUCGGUCUGGGCAGCUGGUCUAUAGAUUUUGUAGCAUUUCUGAUGAGUCCAAUGAUCUGUUUUAUCAGUACUGUGAUGCUGAGCCUGGCUCCACAGGAUCUGGCAUCUAUCUCCGUCUGAAGGAGCCGAACAAGAAGAAGUGGAAACGCAAGAUCAUCGCUGUUUACUCGGGCCAUCAGUGGGUGGACAUCAAUGGCGAACAGCAGGAUUACAAUGUAGCAGUACGAAUUACUCCUCUGAAAUAUGCCCAGAUUUGCUUCUGGAUACACGGGAAUGAUGAGAAUUGCACACAAGGCUGAAGAGAGCCGAGUCUCACUUGCUUAGUACCCUCACUGCCGUAGAGUGGGCAGUGCAACACUGCCUGGAAGAACAUCACUCCACGCCAGAAUGUUUUUGAACUCAAAGCUCGCAAAUAGUGCUACGGUGACUUAAGGAAUGCUGAAUUGCUAGGGGAGGGGUAGAAUUGUCAGACAAAAUAUUUCUAAUUAUAAUCAACCUAGAUACGCACUUAAAAUCCCAAACCAUAUUUAUGUUUGCAAUUGUGAUAAAUUCAAGUCAUUCAUGAGGAGAAAAAUGGCUGCACCUGUUUGUCAUUUUUUUCCCCGGGGGAAGAGUUGAAACAUCUCAAACUGGUGUUAUUAAACAGUAUCUAUUUUUUUCCAAUGGAUUUACUUUUCUCAGGGUUCUGUUCCAAUUCUUCAAAUGCAAGUUGUGCAUAUAGCAUGUUACUGUAUGUGCAGAAUGAUCCAGAGAAUUGCAUGAGAACAAGACAUUAUUCUGGCAUUCUCUAAAGACCACAGGUCCAUGUUGAGAAGCAGCACUACAGUUAAUGAUUGUUAGUUUGGAAAACUUCCUCUGGUUGCUGCAGGAACACACCCAUGGAAAUUCCAAAUUUGUGUAGCUGAGGGUUACACCUUAAAGAUAGAUUCACUUCAUUGCUCAGUAAAAAUAACAAAAAAGAAAUUAACAAACAAAAGUUUCCAUGUUUGGAAAAAGAAGACACAUCUGGACAUAGUUAAAUGCCUUUAAAGGUUCUUUGAGAAGCUGUAGAAAUCUUAAACAUAUGCAUUUGCUUUCCAAUUAGUAUUUGGAGAGCUGUAGGUUUAGUUUCUAGUCAAAUGUUUAGCUUUACCAUUGGGAGAAGUCUCUGACUCCUGAAGUGGCUACUUGACAAUCAUUUAGAGCUUCACAGAUGAUAUAUUUUUUGGGUGCUAAACAUUUCUUCAGUUUUUAUAAAUCACUUUUAUACGAGUUCAGCUUCAUAGAUAGGAUAGUAUAUAUUAGACUGGGAGUUGAAAAUCAAUAUUUUAGUUUGGCUUUAUGCAGUUUUGCAAAGUGUGUGGUUUUAAUUAUGUUAUAUUCAGACUCCACCUCAGCAUGAUUCACAGGGUUAACUAAACAUAUCUCCCAGCUAAAUUAUAGCACCUUUGGAAUGGUAGAACUAUUCUGUGCAUUAUAAAAGGUAUCUUGUUAGAUAGCAGCAGUAGUUAGCAAAUAAUUUGGUUCAAUAUGUUUGCAGAACCAUGUAUUUAAUGAAGACAAACUGAGCUUGACUUUGAUUUUUCACAUCUUUAAACACAAACCACCUUCUUAAAAAACUGUUGUUGAUUGCUAUAUAAGUCUAUAUCUUUUAUUUUAUGUCAAGAUUUUGAAGUACACAGAAUUGUUAUGGUGCUACGUUAAUCUAAUAACACAAAAAGAUACUGUGCCUUUCUGAUCAUAUCUUUUGGGUUUCAAUACUUUCAGAGUAUUCACUACCGUAAUAUUUAAUUUUAUUUACCAUAAAUUUAUGCUGACCAAAAUACUUUUUCUUCCUGUGCAGGAGGAAAAAAUGCAACAAGAUUUUAAAAUAAUAUUUGAUUGUUGGAAUCUUUAAAACAUGCUUGUAAUAUCUUUUGAUGAAAUAAGAUGAUUUUAAAUAACCCUGUUUUUUGGUAGAUGGUUGAAAGUAUAUAACCUAACACACUGAAUGUGCAGGCAACUUUGUGCUAUUAUUGCCAAAGCAUAAAAAUUUAAGACUUGCUUCCAUAUCAUAAGCCUAACAAUAUUUCAUUCAUUGGAAGAGAUCUCACUUUAAAGGAAACUACUUAUUUUAAUGUCAACCUGUCCAGGGAACACUCAACUUUUUUUCCUUUAUUAUGUUUUAAUUUUAUUUUGUGUGAUUGUUUGCAGAAAACUAAUAAUAAUUUUUAAUGUUUAGAAAUAAAUCUCUAAGAUUUUAGGGUUAAUUAUUUUUUAUUGUUGUUAACAUCUCUAUUAACACAUGUGGCUUUGCUGACAGCAAUUUUAAAUCACCUCAGCCCAGUAUUUAAUACUCUUGCUCUAUGCAGCAGAUUUAUAGUAUUCUUUAGUCAGGUCUGUAAUGUUUUUCUUAAGUGCCUUUUUCCAUAGUUACUGUGACAAAUAAGGUAUCACAUCAUUAAUCUAACACAAGACAACCCAGGUUCAUGGAUUUUUUUACAAUUAUUGUCAUUGUUGAUUUGGGUCCAAAACUGAUCAAGAUAAGGGGGCUUAGUAAAUGCCUUGUUUUAUUGAGUCUUAUUUAGGUGUGCUCCUCAGAAGAAGAAAUAAAAUCUAUAUCUUUAUCACUUUGGGAAUUGGGAGGAGGUAAGAAUGAGAAAUGUUUCAUGUCAGCUUCCAAAUGGUCUUGUUAUAAUAAUCAUCUGCUGUAAACAUCUGGGCCUCAACCUGAGGUUCCCAUACCAGGGUGAUAAAACCUCUUGUUUUUCAGAGAAUAAAUGCUAGAUGCUCAGUGCUUCAUUUGUUCAUUCAAACAAACCAGCCUCUGUGUCUCAGUGCCCGUGCACAAAGACCUGCAAAUACACAGGCCUGGGGAACAUUUGCUGUUUUGGUGCUGUUGGCACCUUCAGGCCAGGGAAUGCAGGUAGAAGAAGACACAGACAAAAUGUUUUUUCUCUUGUCUCAGCGUACUAGGCAACAUUUUGGUCUUCCACUUGGCCUAAUGGAGAAAUAAGUGCUUUAUGUAGGCAUUGUGACUACCUACUACAGGGACUACUGGAAUAGUUCAUAAAUCAAGUACUUACACACAAUCCCAGGAAUAAAAUAGCCUCCACAGAGCUUUUGGAGUCCACCACUGCAAAUGGGACAAGAAUUUCUGAGCCAUCUCAGAUUUUCUUAAAAACCUGCAGUUACUAUCUAGUUACCAAUGAGAAAAUAUGAGGAAGAAAAUGAUCUCAGUAGAUCAGAUCUUGCUGUUGUCUAGGACACCAGCAGCAAGGCUGUUUGUGAUGUUUCCCUAAAGGAUUUUUCCUUUCUCAGGUACCAGGCUGUACAUCAUUUGCUUUCAUCAAAAUAAUUCUUUUCUCAUCUUUUUAUUUAACUGUAUUUCUGGCUUUAGGAAGAAACAACCUCAGUCAAAUCUCUUUUCUCCUAGAGGCCUAUUGAAAUUUAUAAAGUCAACAAGUAAGGGUUUUUUUAGGGCCAAAGGUAAACCUCAUAUGCAAGUCAUUAACACACCCAGACCAGCCCCUGCAAGGCUUUUGUGGAUGUGUUUAAUCUGAGGCUCUGAGACACAUAGUGGAUGUCAAGGGGGUUAUCUGCAACAUGAAAAAUUCGGUCUAAGUUUGUACUAACAAAAGAAAAGCACAACAUUAUGUAGGGAAAUGAUUUCUGUUAUAUGAGGUAUAGAGUACCCAAUGCUUUAAUAAUUGCUUAAAGAAACUCCUUGCCUCCUUAAGACUUACGAUCUUAAUUUUGCAGAUUUAUGAGUCUAUAUGGAGUAAGAAUCAGUAUGAAUAUGGCUUAAAUAAAAAAAAAAAAAAACUUGUCCGCGUGUGGAGGAGAGAAGUAGUUGGGGAAUUCUUUCUAUUCUGCUGAUAAGGGAUGACCUGGCAGCUAACAGAAAAUAAAACAGAAAGAAAGAACAAGUAGAUGGUAUGGAAGACCAGGAGGAUGGAGGUGUUAUGCACGGGAUAAAGGAAGUGUGCAAAGUAACAUAUGAAAUGGCUGCAAGGUAGCAGAGGCAUCGAUUGUGAGAAAGAGUAGGCAGAUGGUAGGCACUUAAUAGUAAGAAUUAAAUGUGAAAUUCAUUAGUUUCCUGAACAAUUUUUCACUGAUAAAGACAAUGCUUUUCUUUCCAGCCAACAGCAACAAGGAAAGGGCUGUGAGAGGACUCAGGCUGUGGCAGGCACUGCUAGCAGGCAGGGGUUUUGACCCUGAUCUACAAUCCAUGUCUGAAUUCACAGGGAUUAUGCUUCUAUUCAUUCAGGGUCCUUGGAAAGCAGCAGAUCCGUGUUCUGACCAAAAGGCUUGGCAGUAUCAACCUCCCAAUACACUGGAUCACCAAGAGUGUAGUGAGUAAGGGGAGUUCCUCAAAUCUGACCUUUUGCUGGGAUUCCUGUUAAGGCUAUUCUCCACUGGAAAAAAAAAUCAAACAAAAAAUCUCAGACUUAAGGCAUUUAAAUGUUGUCUCCAUUUUUUGCAUGUAUCUAGAAAUUCUAGGCAAUAAAUUUUUUUCAAGCAUCUUCUGUUUGUGUUUGGCAUCUGUAGGAAUUUAAUCAACUGCUUCUAAUUUUAAAGCACAGAUUAUUGCAGAUAUUCCAUCUACAAAUUCCUGGAUUAAAGAAUGACUGGGGAAAAAAAUAAUGUUAUUAAAUUGAAAGCUUCAAAUUUCACUCUAAUCUCAAAGGAUUUGGAAGUAUAUUUGGGUCCCCUUUGCAUCAGCCUUUUUGCUCCAAGCCUAACAACAUUUAGGUUGAAAACCUCCAGAAGUAGCUUUGAGGAUUCUUUCAUGUUCUUAGCUUUUUUAAGACCAACAGAGAACAGUAUAAUAUUUUAACUGUGCAAAAUGACAAGCCAUUUGAGAAAAUAAAUGCAAACCUUUGCUCUGAUAUUGUAUGAUGCACUUAUUAUGUCAAUAAAUAUUUUCUGUUGUUUUUCUUUUCCUCUCUCA